AUGGAAAUUCAGCGAUUUCUCAAUCUUAAAGUGCUGCUGCCGCUUGCGCUGAUCGUGGCGCUGGCCAUGGUAGUCGCCUGCGGCUCGUCUGAGGAUGCGACAGAGGAAUCUUCUGCACCCGCGGCAACAGAGGACGGCAGCUCGUCUGGGCCGGCGCCUACCGAUGCGCCCGAGGCCACGGAUGAGCCUGCGACACCGGCAGACACACCCGUCCCCGGCGCCACCACCCGGCCCACCAACACACCGGCUCCCACCGCGACCUCAGUGGUCUCGCGGCCGACACCGGUGGCGGCCACGACAGGCCAGUACGGUGGUGUCGUCAACAUGUCGGCCUACGCCGACAGCCGCGACUGGGACCCCAAGGGAUCUUCAUCGCUGUCCAGCAUUCAGGCCGUCAGCCAGAUGUACAACCAGAUCGUCCAGUACGAUACGGUUGACACUAGCCUGAUUGUCUGUGACCUGUGCGACACUUGGGAGGUUUCCAACGGAGGCGAGACCUUUACCUUCCACUUGCGGCCCGGCAUCAAGUGGCAGGAUGGCGAGGACCUGACAGCCGAUGACGUCCACAACUCCUUGCUUCGCUACGGCGAUCUCGAUUCCAAGAUGGGACGUUCCGGUCUUUGGCGCGGGUACACGCUAGAAGCCAGUACGGCGGCGUCAACCUGA